CUUUUUACAAAAUACAUUUUACCGCAUGAUUAAAGUAGCUCCAAUUGAACAUGUGGUAUAACACACAUACUUUAGACAGAACCUGACCACAACAAUGUCUACAGUUUUACUAAUUUGUUAGUUAGAACCCUGUAAUUUCAAGCGCAUGCAAUGUCGGUAAUCUCGCGAGGUUUUAAAUCCAGCGGUCUGCGUAAUGAUGAUGGAAAUGCAGUUCAGUUUGUUGGUGGUAAAGAUGCAUUGUGUUAUGAACAUCGGCAGUUACAGACAGCAGGAUCUACCAGUGUCCUCUGAAGAUUAGCCAGGAUGUUUCAGGGUCUGGCCCAGAGACCAUGGCAUGCACUCUGUAGGUUAUAUUUGCAGCAUCAUGCAACUCGAGUCUGCCAGCCUUGCCAUGGAUGGCAAAGCAGUGGGACAGCCAGAAACCUCUGGUAUAGUUUGCCAGCCAGCCAUAUGCCUGGUACAGCAGCAGCAACCCAAAUCCAUUUUUACUCUUCUACCAGUGGAGAGAAGGAUGGGCCAGACAAAACAAGCACCUCAGCAUCACCACAUAAGGCAUCUGCCUCCCAGCCUAAACCUGAGACUACUACUGCACAUGGUCCCUCAGCUACUGGCCAGUCUGCUUCUGAGACAAUCCACGUGAAAGUGAGGGCUGUGUUGAAGAAGAGGGACUAUGGCUCCAUAUACACACAGAAUAACUUCAUCACAGCAGUUAGAGCCAUGAAUGAAUUCUGUCUAAAACCCAGUGCCAUAGAACAGCUCCGGAAGAUCCGUAGAAGGAGUCCGCAUGACGACACAGAGGCUUUUACAGUGUUUCUGCGCUCUGACGUGGAAGCCAAAGCGCUGGAGGUGUGGGGAAGCCAUGAGGCGCUUGGCAGAGAACACAAGCUGAGGAAAGAAGUGGAAAGAGAGUAUAAAGAAAAUUUGUUUCAAAAUCGGAAGCUGCUAAAGGAGUACAAUGAUUUUUUAGGCGACACUAAGCCUCGUUUUGGCAAGAGAUUAACCUUUUUACAAGGACCAGGAAAGGUUGUGAUGGUGGCUAUAUGCAUUGUGACGGACUACAGCUCUCAAACUAAAAACAACAAUGGACUGAACUUUUUCUUUAAGUUGCUUGCUUGGGUUUACACUGGAUCAGCCAGCAUGUUCUCUGAAGCCAUUCACUCACUAGCAGAUACCUGUAAUCAAGCAUUGCUUGCAUUGGGUAUCAGUCAGUCUGUCAGGAAUCCGGACCCUGGCCAUCCGUAUGGUUUUUCAAACAUGCGCUACAUUGCAUCCCUCAUAAGUGGUGUUGGCAUCUUCAUGAUGGGAGCCGGCCUUUCAUGGUACCAUGGGAUUAUAGGCCUAAUGAACCCUCAGCCUAUCGAAUCUCUACUUUGGGCUUAUUGCAUUCUAGCUGGGUCACUACUCUCGGAAGGAGCAACACUUUUAGUGGCGAUCAAUGAAAUCAAGAAAAGUGCUGGAAUCAGAGGAGUCUCGUUUUAUGAAUAUGUUAUGCAGAGUCAUGACCCUAGUACAAAUGUAGUGUUGCUGGAGGACACUGCAGCUGUGCUAGGAGUGAUAUUAGCAGCUAGCUGUAUGGGGCUGACUUCUCUAACAGGGAACCCCUGUUAUGAUAGCCUGGGAUCUCUGGGUGUGGGAACACUUUUAGGAGCAGUGUCUAUGUUCCUAAUAUACACCAAUACUGAGGCACUGCUGGGAAGAUCUAUCCAGCCAGAGCAGGUACAGAAACUCACUGAGUUCCUGGAGAGCGACCCUGCUGUAAGGGCUAUUCAUGAUGUGAAGGCUACAGACAUCGGGUUGAGCAAAGUGCGCUUCAAGGCAGAAGUAGACUUCGAUGGGCAAGUCGUAACCAGGUCCUACCUAGAGAAGCAAGACAUUGAACAGAUAUUACAUGAAAUUCAGCAGGUUAAAACCCUUGAGGAGUUGGAAAACUUCAUGCUGAAGCAUGGAGAGAAUAUUAUCGACACCCUGGGUGCUGAAGUAGACAGGCUUGAGAGGGAACUCAAGCAACAUAAUCCAGAUGUCCGACAUGUAGAUCUGGAGAUCCUUUAAUAUGCUGUGGAGCAGCUGAACACAACCUCCACUGCUGGAACUACCAGGAUACAGAAACUCGCUGAAGCACUAGACUUGAAUGCUACUCCGAUAAGCAUGUGUUAGGCUGUCGGAAGGGCAUAACCUGUAGCUUGUUCCUGAGUUUAUACGUCUGUACUGAAAACACUAGACAUCUUUGCCGUAGUGGUAAUACUUGUUGACGUUGAUUUGUGAAUUACUUGUCCUUCUAUUUAAUGUCAAAAUCCAACAGAGACUCCGGAGGUAAUAAGAUACCAUUUUUGUUUUUUUAAAGAAAUGUGUCUGUCCAGUAAGAAUCCAAAUGAAGUAUAAACAGUAACACCUAAGGUAAAAAGGCAAGGGGAGUUUCGACCCCUUGAUGAAGUCUGUGUAUUUUAAAAUUAGUAAAAAUAAAGAUUGAAAACAAUAACAGUGGUUAUUGUGCUUUGGUCAGCGGGUCCAGUUAGGACAGUGUAGUGAGCAGAGGUUUGUCUACCGUAGCAUACUACGCAACGCAAGACACAAAUACUAGUGUAACAUUCUACCUGUAACAAUUAUUAAUAUACAGAGUCUGUUUGCUAGUCAAUGAGAGACUACUGUAAGAUUUCAAAUAAGAAACAAUAUAUGCUGCAAUCAUAUUUAUCUGUGUUUUAGCAGAUACCACUUUCACAUUUCACCAGAAGCAUUCCAUUGAUCCGAUUAACGGAUUACCCCAUAUAUUGUAAAUUACACCGCCGUUUUCAAACAAUCUGUCUUUAUUUAGUGUUGCUGGUUAUAUUUAUAAUUUCACACACAAAUAAUAAAAUAGCAAAUCAUUUUA